CGUAGCACACCAACUUGCUACGCUAGCAACAAGGCUGAUAGCAAAACGACGCUAGACCUCACUCUUAACAACAUCUCAAACCGGUUGAUUAAAUGCGAACUUCUAGACCAAAACUACGGGUCAGACCACAGGGCUACCUAUUCCGAAUAGAACAUGGAUGUCGAACUAGCAAGCACACGACCACCACGAAAGCUCUACGAACGGACAGACUAGAUAAAGGUAGGACAAGCUAUUCAACACGCCCUAAGCCAAACGAGAGAAACCGCUACACGAGAACAACUAGAUAAGGCAGUCGAACAGCUUAUUAGCAUUACCGCAGCUACUGUAAACGAGCUAACCCCAACAGCCAAGCCAUGCCCAUACUCAAAACAGUGGUUCAGCCCAGAGCUAAAAGAACACCAAGCAAAGUAUAACAAACACCGACGACUCUAGCAAACCUUUAGUGUAAGCCUUGGAAGAGACGACCCAGACACGCUAGGCCAAUACAGCGCAAUGAAAACAGCCCGCAGGACGUAGGUAAAGGCGAUAGCACACGCAAAGAGCAGCCACUAGAAGGAAUUUCUAGACAACGCAGGGAAAGGUAACCAGCUAU